UAGGAGCAUCCCGGGGCCGGCGGGGACGCGGCGGGGCCAUGGAGCCGGCGGCGCGGGCCAGCGGCGAUAUCCUGAGGCGGAACCCGCAGCAGGACUACGAGCUGAUCCAGCGGGUGGGGAGCGGCACCUACGGCGACGUGUACAAGGCUAGAAAUCUUCACACAGGAGAACUGGCUGCUGUAAAAAUAAUCAAGUUAGAGCCUGGAGAUGACUUCUCCCUGAUCCAGCAGGAGAUAUAUAUGGUUAAGGAAUGCAAACAUUGCAACAUAGUCGCCUAUUUUGGGAGUUAUCUCAGCCGUGAGAAGCUGUGGAUAUGCAUGGAAUACUGUGGUGGGGGAUCCCUCCAGGACAUCUACCACGUAACGGGACCUCUGUCAGAGCUGCAAAUUGCUUAUGUGUGCAGAGAAACUCUACAGGGUCUUGCUUAUUUACACAUGAAGGGCAAAAUGCACAGAGAUAUAAAGGGUGCAAACAUUCUCCUAACAGACCACGGAGAUGUAAAAUUGGCUGACUUUGGGGUAGCAGCAAAAAUAACAGCCACUAUUGCAAAGAGGAAAUCCUUUAUUGGCACCCCUUACUGGAUGGCCCCCGAGGUGGCGGCGGUGGAGAAGAACGGGGGGUACAACCAGCUGUGCGACAUCUGGGCCGUGGGCAUCACUGCCAUCGAGCUGGCAGAGCUGCAGCCGCCCAUGUUCGACCUGCACCCCAUGAGGGCUCUGUUUUUAAUGUCAAAAAGUAAUUUUCAACCACCAAAGCUAAAGGAAAAAGCAAAAUGGUCAGCAACAUUCCAUAAUUUUGUCAAAAUAGCACUUACAAAGAAUCCAAAGAAGAGACCAACAGCAGACAGACUUCUCUCUCACAGCUUUGUGGGGCAGCCUGGUCUCUCCAGGUCCUUGGCAGUUGAGCUGUUGGACAAAGUGAACAACCCCGAGAACCACACGCACUACGGCGAAGUGGACGAUGACGAUUUUGAGCCCCACUCCGUCAUCCGCCACACCAUCCGCUCCACCAACAGGAACGUCCGUGCAGAGAGGACAGCAUCAGAGAUCAACUUUGAUAAGCUGCAGUUUGAGCCCCCUCUACGGAAAGAAACAGAAGCUCGGGAUGAAAUGGUUGUGGCAGCUGGCAGUGACUUUGCUUCACAUUGGAAUCCUUUUGUUGAUGGAGGCAAUAAAUCGACACUAAAGCGAGCUGGGCCACCCCCACUGCCCCCCAAGCCAAGGAUGAACAAUUACCCCGAGGAGAACCUCCCUGAUGACAACAGAUGCCAGACAAUAAAACACUUCCCAGAGUGCCAGAGCAGAGCCCCAGCAGCCCACAGGAGACAGAGCAUCCCAGCCUGUGGGCCCCAGGCAGACUCCUGCCCCAUGGGGAUGACCAGCAGCAUCAGCAGCCCUGGGCUGCUCACAGCCAGAUACAGCGACCUGGGCAAUGGCAAUGGGAUGCUGAAACACAUCGAGGAGAACGCAGAAGGACCUGGACAAAUCCCUCAGCUGCCACGGAAAAAGGAGAAGAGAGAUUUCCCUAAACCAGCAAUCAAUGGUUUGCCUCCGACUCCGAAGGUGCUGAUGGGAGCCUGUUUUUCCAAAGUCUUUGAUGGUUGUCCUUUGAAGAUUAAUUGUGCAACUUCAUGGAUACAUCCAGAUACUAAAGAUCAGUACAUCAUCUUUGGCACAGAAGAAGGGAUCUACACUCUGAAUUUGAAUGAACUUCAUGAAGCAACCAUGGAACAGUUAUUCCCUCGAAAGUGCACCUGGCUGUACGUUAUCAACAACACCCUGAUGUCCCUGUCAGAAGGGAAAACAUUCCAGCUCUACUCCCAUAAUUUAAUAGCAUUGUUUGAGCAAGCCAAAAAAACAGGAUUAGCUGCUCAUAUUCAAACCCACAGAUUUCCUGACAAAAUAUUACCAAGGAAAUUUGCCUUAACAACCAAGAUCCCUGACACAAAAGGAUGCCACAAAUGCUGUAUAGUACGAAAUCCCUACACAGGCCACAAGUACCUGUGUGGUGCAUUGCAGUCUGGAAUUGUCCUGCUCCAGUGGUAUGAGCCAAUGCAGAAAUUCAUGUUAAUAAAGCACUUUGACUUCCCGCUGCCCAGCCCCCUGCACGUGUUUGAGAUGCUGGUGAUCCCGGAGCAGGAGUACCCCAUGGUGUGCGUGGCCAUCUCCCGCGGCAGCGAGCCCGGCCAGGUGGUGCACUUCGAGACAAUCAACCUCAACUCUGCCUCCUCCUGGUUCACCGAGAUCGGGGCAGGCAAUCAGCAGUUGGAUGCCAUUCAUGUGACACAGCUGGAGAGAGACACUGUCCUGGUCUGCCUGGACAAAUUUGUGAAAAUAGUGAAUUUACAAGGGAAAUUGAAGUCAAGCAAGAAGUUGGCUUCUGAGCUGAGCUUUGAUUUCUGCAUCGAGUCAGUGGUGUGCCUUCAGGACAGCGUGCUGGCCUUCUGGAAACACGGCAUGCAGGGCAAGAGCUUCAAGUCAGAUGAGGUGACCCAGGAGAUAUCUGAUGAAACCAGGGUUUUCCGCCUGCUGGGCUCAGACAGAGUGGUUGUGCUGGAGAGCAGACCCACAGAAAACCCCACAGCUCACAGCAACCUCUACAUCCUGGCUGGACAUGAGAACAGCUACUGAGCAGCCCCCAGCCCAGCCCCAGAGGGAGCUGGCACCCAGGAGCAGCAGCAAACCAGGACUUGGCUGCUCCUUGUCUGGCACCCGAGCUGUGCUGGCCUUGGGGUGGGAAUCAAUCCAUUUUUGCAGCUGGGAACAGCUGGUUCUGUCUCUUGCCACUGUGUGGUUGGUUAUGUCGAGUUUGCUUAAUAAAAGCUGAGAUAAAGAGCCCUUUACUCGUUAGUUCUAGGGAAACAGAGCCUUGAAACGUGUUCUGCAGUAAAGGUGCCAUAAACUGUUAAAUAUUCCCCUUCCCUUGGGUUUUCCUUUUAUUCUGUAGAUACAGAUCUAGUGCUGGUUGUUGCCCUCUUUUAUACUGAGUCUUAUUCUUAAUAAAACAAAGAUUUGUGUAGGAAGUGAAAAUAUCUGCAAAGCUUUUUGGUUUUAAAUCUGCCAUUGGGUAUGGCUUUGUAUAAUAGACUAUUUAAUCCUUAUUUAUUAAUCUGCUGCUAGGAUGGGGUAAUGUCUAACUUUUAGCAAAGGAAGGUUGCAGAGCAGCUUACUUUUUUUUUUUUUUUUUUUUUUUUUUUUUUUUUUUUUUUUUUUUACAAUUGUAUAAAGAUUUGAUUAUUCUUUUUCCUUGUAGGGAUGUAGUGCAUUACUGAGGGGUGUGUUACCAUGUUGGGUGAUCAUGUAAAAAAAUGCAGUUUUGUACAACAAAGUAUUUUGUACUGAUUUUUCUGCCUGCAGAAUUGCCAUAAAAGGGAUUUUCUUACUUCCUAGACGUAGGGUGUGUGUACACAAAGUAGAAUAUUGAUAUCAGACCUGUUGCUCUUGGGUGCCUGUGUACAAUAUCCACGUGUGUGUGCGUGUGCAUGUGUGUGAAGUUGCCUGGCAGUGUGUAUUUUUUAUAUAUAUAUUUAUACAUAUAUAUAUAAAAAUGUACAAAACUUAUAUGCUUUAUUUUCAUAAAUUAGGGAUAAGCCUUGUGACAUGAAGUGGAAAUUGUAGCAGGUCAUCAUCCUUAAUGAAUGAAAGUAUCAUGUAUCCAAGUGGCCACGACGUGUGGUUUAUUUAUGCUGCUGCAGAGGGGAGCUGGAGCCACAGCUGAGGCUGAGCAGCUUUGCAGCUGCCGUGCUUUGGGGAUGGCUGCUGCCCCAGCUGGGAGUAUAAAUAAACAUGAUAAGAACCAUAUUCUGUAUCCAAGCUUUGAUCACUUUCUGGUCACCUGCAUUUUUUUUUCCUUUCUCUUUUCUCCAUUGAAGAGUCGCAUUGGUUCCUUUUGUCUUCCUCCUCAUUAAUUAAAAUUCCUGAGGUACCAUUCAAUAUAGACUGACUCCAGGAGAGAUCUGGUUUUACUACCUCACAUUACCUGCUGGCUUUGAUGUGAACACUCCUGGGCAGGUGCAGAAUUCCAGUGCUCACAAACAUUGGAAUUGAAAGGUUUUUUUAAUGAAAUGCCUGUUCAGCUCCUGAGAUCUGCUGCCUAGGAAGGGGAGGCUGGAAUCCCCAGGUCAUUUGAGCAGAGCAGGAAAGGUGUGUGAGAGCUGGGAGUGCUUUGGUGCUGUGUUGGCAUCCAGCUCCCUGAUCCAUAAUUCAGCAGGGAGGAAUUGUCUGGGCCCACGGGAUGGCUCAGGGACAUCUCCUUACUCAGGACAGCUGCAAGGUGGGAAGGUGCACAGGGGAAAACAGCCCUGCACACAUUCAGCAUUUUAGCCACUGUCAUUCACAACUAAUUCUUGCUGACUUGACAUCCAAAUCGAGUCAAGCUUUUCAGUUCUGACACUGUGUCAAAGCUUAAUAAGUACUAAGUGUACAGAGGAAAUUUAUAAAUCACUCCACAGAGCAUGAAAAAUGUGCUUUAGGGGUGCUCAGCUGGAAUUGGAAAUGUGCUUUAGGAGUGCUUAAUUGGAUCAGCAGUAUUAAAAGCAGGACAUGUGAUUUUGGUCUUCUAAAAGAGUUAUCUAGUUUUGAAAUUACUUCUCCACAGGUAACAGUGACUGGCGAUUAACCUCAAAUGGUGCCUCUCCUGGUCUUUAAAAUAAAAAUUAAGGUGAAGUGAAGCACCAGGUGUAGAUAUUGUAGAGCAAAUACUGUUUAAUUUACCUCAUUCACUACAGAAGGAAAUUUCAGCUUCGUCUUUGAAAACACUUAAAGGAGAUCUCUAAAAGACUAGAGAAACCUGUAAAUAAAAUCUGAAUAUUUAUGGGGAAUAACUGGAGUAAAUAACUCUUAGGUCAUGACACUGUCAUGCAGGAAUAACAAGCAGAAAGUAUUUUUCUUUGACACGAAUUGCUGAUGUUUUGCUGGAUCCUAAAGAAUAAACUUAGGAAAUUCCUUGUUUAAUCAAACCUUUUUUAGCUGUUGAAGCAUUUCUAAUGGCAUGUUGUGAAAUGCUUAGUGCUGGUUUCAUAGACAGUGGCAUUUUUUGGCAUGAUGCUGUUUCCUAGUGUAAAACCUCACUUUUGUUCCAUACCACAGAGCAGAUUUGUGUGUUCCAGCCAGCCUCAGUGACUCUGAUCAGUAUAAUUUGUGUUUGACUGUUUAAUUUGGUCUGGUAUUGUUUGUACCUUUGUUUUUGUGGAAUUUAAACCAGGUUUGAGAAAGCCUGACAGGGGGAGCUCGGGGGUGAUGAUCAAAACCUUGCUCAGCCCCUCCUUCCUUGCUCUGCAUUUAUCAAAAUUUUAAUUAUUGGAUGCACGAGGUCAUGUACCCAACUUGAAAGCCUUAAAACAGGCUCCCAGAGCUCUUGGAAGUACAAACAGCAUAGGAAGAGCAGUCUGUGGAUUCAUCUCUUUGGAUUUCCUCACCAAAUUCCUUGCAAGUGAAAACACAGCUGGAAUUGUGCUGACAUCUCUAAAGAAGACAGGUACAACGCAUCAGGGGAGCCACGGUGUCUCUGGAUGGAAAGGACCAGACUGGGAGACUCUGAAAUGUGCUUUUUUUUACCUUGUUUAGUCCUUAGGUGUAACUGAGACUCGUAACUGCACUCGUUCAGUUUGUGUAACCAGGCUUUGUUCCACGGGAAUUUCUGUUGCAGUUCAGUCUAUGCCAAAUAAACUGCUUUAUUUGA